GCCACAAGUACAAAUCAACCACAACGCUCCCGGCGACGAAGAAUUGAAAUCCAGAAGGCGAGCAAAAUAACGGAGAGUGAUUGUGAUUUGUGGAUGCAACAACAGAACACAGUCUCUGCACUUUUUGCGAGAGAUGUAGUGAAACUAGGGAAAUACGGUUCAGUUUUCUAUAAGGGGAAUUAAGUCUUGAUCCAAUUGAAGUUGUCUGUGGCAGUUCUACGAGAUGUACCAAUUUUACACUUCUAAAAUGUUGUUUCCUCUGAUUCUGCUGGGCCUCGGUGUUUUGGGCAACUGUAUGGCUUAUGCUUCUCCUUCGGAGACAGCUAUGCACACCAAUAACUGGGCAGUUCUUGUCUGUACCUCUCGCUACUGUAAGUUGUUGACCCUGAUAAACGAUUGUCGUCAUUCAGGUUUAAUUAUCGGCACAUGGCUAAUACACUAUCCUUGUAUAGGACUGUGAAAAGGCUAGGAAUACCUGAUGAGAGGAUUAUACUAAUGUUGGCAGAUGACAUUGCCUGCAAUCCUCGAAACAAAUACCCUGCAGAAGUGUUUAACAAUGAAAAUCACAAAAUCAACUUGUAUGGAGAUAAUGUUGAGGUCGAUUAUCGAGGUUAUGAGGUGACAGUUGAAAAUUUCUUAAGGGUGUUGACUGGACGCCACGAGGCUGCUGUUCCAAGAUCUAAACGCUUGUUAAGUGACGAAGGAAGCCACAUUCUUCUAUACAUGACAGGACAUGGGGGAGAUGAAUUUUUGAAGUUCCAGGAUUCUGAAGAACUCCAGAGUCAUGAUUUAGCUGAUGCUGUGAAACAAAUGAAAGAAAAACUUAGAUUCAAGGAGCUGCUAAUAAUGGUUGAUACUUGCCAAGCUGCUACUCUCUUCAAUCAGCUUCAUUCCCCAGGUGUUUUAGCCAUUGGAAGUAGCAAGAAAGGAGAGAACUCAUAUUCACAUCACUUGGACCCUGAUGUUGGUGUUUCUGUAGUUGACCGUUUCACCUAUUACACACUAGCCUUCUUUGAGAGAUUAAAUAUGUACGAUAAUACUUCAUUAAUCAGUCUUUUCAGUUCAUAUAAUCCAAGUUUGUUGAUGUCAACUGCAUAUUAUAGAACUGAUCUAUACCAACGUAGAUUGGAGGAGGUUCCUGUAACGAACUUCUUUGGCUCGGUAAUGGAAACAGUUCAUACCGAUUCUGCUUACAAGAUUGUCUCAAGAAAGGACUACAACAGGGGUGAACCUGAAUUACAUCAAGUGUCGCAGCACAAUGAAAGGACAUUGAUUUCUUCAGAUAAUCCGGAUCAUUUUAGUGAACCAAGCACAAGGGAUGAAUAUGGGGCUUUAAGAAGUAUAUGGAGAAGUUUGCAUAAUAAGAUGGAACAAAUUGAAGAUGCUGAUACUUUUGUGAACUAUGGGUUGGUCAUUAUGCUUCCAUUCUUAGGGAUCUCCAUGUUGCUAUCAAGGUGAAGAAGCUGUCCGUAUUUCUUGUGCAUCACUUCAACUUUGAAAUUCAGUUGUUUAUAUGUUUGUCCUUAGUGUUGCGUCUUGAAUAUGUUCCAAAACAAUUUUAAUACUAUGAUCAAAUUGGAGAAUAUCCAUGAUCGCCUAAAAAAUGCUCUUUUAACAACAGCUGAAUCAAGGUUUGGGAAAAGAUCUUUAUUAUCAUUUGCAAAUUUCCUUCUAACGAGCUGAUGAUUUGAAAACAAUUUUGAAAGAAGAGCAAUAGAGUUGUACAUGUACUCGUAUUGUUUUUUUA